AAUCCCUCCCUGUGGCCUCUGCUGUUGGCAUAUUGGGGUUAGCACCCAUUAUAGGGAUGCUUCUGGUGCUUCCCGGGCUCCAAUCUCAGGUUCCCCUCUCUUCCCACCUCCCCAUGGGAAGCAGCUCCGGGAUAAGUGGGAACUGGGAUAACUCCUUUGCCAGGUGAAUCCUGAUGUGUUUCCAGAGGUUUUGCCCUGAGGUUUGGCAGGAGCAGCGUGGGAAUUCUGUGCCAGGAGCUGGGAAUUUCGUGUUGGUGGAUAGAAAUCCCGGGCGGUGCCGGAGCAAACACUGUGCCUUUGUCACCACAACGAUGUUUUCCAGUCCAGGAUUCCUCCGUUGCCACCCUUUGUACGGCCUGGAUAAGGGGCACAGUCGCUGUUGGGUGCUCAAAGAAGCUCAUCCUGAAGGCCCUGGUCCCAUUCCACACUUCCCUUUGGAAGCUGCAUCCUUCAGGAAUACCUCCAUGGUGAAGCGCCGGGAUGGAUGAUCCCGAUGUCUUCCUGGGUCCCUGCGAAGGAGCCCUGUGCGGGUUGCCGGGGCAGAAGCGCCGCUGCAUGUCCGCACUGGAGCCGGUUACCGUCCCCGGCCCCGGCUCGGAGGAGGAGGAGGAGGAGGAGGAGGCGGACCGUGUUCAAGCGGUGCCGUUGCGGCGAUCCUGCGCCCUCCGCAUCGGCUCCCGGGAUCCCUUCCGCCGGCACAGUUGGGAGCCGGGCAAGGAGCUGCGCGGGGUCCCCGGCUACGACCACCUCAGAGUGAGUCUCAAAGGGCUGAGCCCUGAUGACACUGACUCCAGCGUGGAGCAGUUGGAUGGGCUGGGACAUCACCAGAGGGACCCCCGGAGAAACCCCCUUGUCCACAGCAACGAUGACCUGGAGUCCCUGCUUUCCCAGGCCGAGGCAGAUGAGCGGUGGGCACAGGAGGAUGCGCAGGGGUUGCUGAUAUCCCGGAGCAGGCAGAGCUUCCACAGCUACAGCCUCUCCAAAUCCUCAUCUCUCGGCAUCAUCAACAGAUCCCCCGAUGCAGACGAGAUUUCCCUCUUUGCCUCCCAGCAGAGCCUGGUCAAUGGCUCCGGCGCCGGGAGCUGGGGGCAGCUGGAGCGGGAGGCCGGGAGCCAGAGCCGGGAAGAGACCCCCCUGGGCAGGACCCUCAGCUUCAUCAAGAGGAUGACGGGGAAGACGAAGGUACAGAGGGGAAGCAGAAGGGGUGGCGGAGGGUAAUUCCCUCCCUGGAACACGAGGAUGGGGUUGGGAUUGGGGUCAGUUGAUGCUCUGCUCUUUAGAGAAGCCGUGCCUCAAUUUCCCCUUCUCAGCCACCUCAAAGGUUUCAUCCUUUGGGAGCUAAAAUGUUGAGGACACUCCCCCUUCCAGUGUACACACCACCACCCCCCCGGCUAAUGUGGGUUUGGUUGUGCUGCCAUCUCCCCCUUAUCCCCAUCCCCACGUUCACACCAUCCCGGUGCACCCAGAGCCGCCGAGCAGAGCAUGGAAUGACGAGCGCUGCCGCAUUCCCGACGGGCACCAGUGGGCGAGGUGGGGGACACUUGGGGUCCCCCCUUCCCGCCGUGGGCUGGGGGAGCGCUCCCAGCGGGACUCGUCGGGCUCGGCCGGAGGAAAUGAGGUUUUUCCUGGCGUCGGGAAUGCUUGUUUGUGCUCUGAGCUCACCGCCCUCCCGGGGCCCCUCCGCUCCAGCCUGCGGCUUCCUGGAGCCAUUCCUCCAUUUGGGAUACUUUGCUCCAGCUUGUUCCCAGCCCGGACGGUAGAGACGGGAAGCAAAACGGGUGGCGGGGGGCAACUCCCUCUCUGGAACGCGAGGAUGGGGUUGGGAUUGGGAUUGGG